CGCUGAUUGAGUUUCUAUCGGUCGAUUCUGGCGAGCGCCCGACGCGGCUGAGGUCCGAGGGUUUUGUUCCAAUUUUCGACAAGCCGUAGGCAAUUAUAUUGUGGCUGUGCAGCUCUCAAGUUUCCAAUAUUUUAUCGCAGUCGUCCAGCAAAUUGACCAUACCACUGCUUCUGUCAUCUGUUUGGGCAGCAUAUCUCGAAAGAAAAAUCGGUGGCAUUGGUUGCUGACACCUUUCGUUGUUUUUUACAAUGGCGGUGGUAGAAGACUUCCCGGCUCUCACCAAGUCAGAGCCAAUAAGCUUUGGGACAUUGUGUCCGCGAAAAGCCAGAGCGGCCUCACCUUUCGCACUCGACGGUGACAGGAAUCACCUUAGAAGUGAUUCACUUCUCGCGUCAAAUACAAAAAAGAAGAGGCUAAGAAAACAGCACAAAAUACUUUCCGUCUCUCAAGACGAUUGCCAUCAUGUUCACCCUGCCGACGAGUUGGUGCAUGCAUUUAUCGCAGCAACAGAUAUAACUUUGCGCAAUGCACAAGAUGCACAGUUCGGAUCCGUUGCCUCUAUUUGGCGUCAGCACAACCCAGCCCAACAUUCAGUUCCCCGUGCCGAUGAUGAAGGCUUCGUAGACGGUAUUUUGGAGCCAAGUUUUACAGCGUCGACACGUGAUGACCUUGAGUACUCUGCAGACGUACCCCAAUUAACUACUGGACUUGGUGACCAUUGUCAUACGUCACCGACAACAGCACUACGCACAAGCGAUCCUCCUUGUAAACUGCCGACUCCUGUGAACCAUUUCGGUUUGUCCAAUGGUGUUCCGCGGUCACGACAAGGUUCGAGCUCUGAAAACAGUGUCGUAUUUGGUAGCCCGGACUUGCCCCGGCUAUGGGAUUCCUCGGGUCAAGAGACUGCUAAACAUGUAACCAAUCUGUCUGAAGAGAUCGACCUUAAAGUAUCAAACUCGACGAGGACUAAUCCAAGCAGCGUCCGUAGUUCACGUAAUUUACGUCUUGCAGUCUCUCAGGAACGUGCAGGUACCGGUGCUGUGGGGGAUAUAGAUGAAGAUGACCUAGAAGGAACUGACCUGCUGCAUCUGAUCAGCAAUUCCUUGGAUCGGUUCAACGAGAUUGUGCAUCCACAUGAACUCAACGCUGGGUUUGGAGUGAACGAUGAUGGUGUGAUGCUGUCCGCCGACUCUACUGAUUUGUGCUCCAGUGGAUACGGUUCUUUUGAUCAACAGCCACAACAACUGCUGCCGCACUCGGAGAAGUUUUCACUUGGCGAAGGCAAAACUGCCGUGGAAGAGGCGCCGAGCACCACCUGGUUGUCCUCUUCGUGUAUGAGUCGGCUCAAUCAGAGUUCGAGCACUGAGCCACAGCGACCAUAUUUUCUGGCUGGUGACUGUGUUUCCUCGCUGAAGGACACGACCUGUGCUCCCACACUCUGUACCAAUGGGGAACUAUCUAACAGCGGACCUGGUAGCGGUAAAAUGAUCUCCCCGACUGUCUUUCCCAACGGUGGCUCAUCACUCUAUUCGGACCACCAACUGGCUGGUAAUGUGGUGGGCAUGGUUUCAUCAGACAGCACAAUGGUACUUGGGGAUUCCACAUCAGCAGCCAACUCCGGAUGCGCUCCCAUGCUCCGUCAUUUCUGUCCCGGGGUACCUGCGCUUAAUCGGUCCGGCUCCUGCAAGACGAAUGAGACCCUAACUGAAAUCGCUUCGUAUCCGGACGCAAAAGCUUCCGAGUGGUGCGAAAUUUUCGCGUGUGCUGUCCGCGCGCUGCAGGAAGGGGCCAACCGAUCGACACAAUCGAAAGAGGCCAUUCUUGCUGCUGUAGACCAUGGUGAACUUGCCAAAAAUGGCAUCAACGUAGAUGCCAUUCUCAACAGUAUGAGUAUGCUCGGUCUGAAUGAAACUGUUACGACUACUGCCCAGUGGAGCCAAGAGACCAAACCAUUGACGAACACCGCUCAUGCGAGUAAGGACUUGUCCCAGCUACCACCUGGUGGAAUGAGCUCCAAUCAUACAACUCAAGGCACACCUGUGUCAACGCCCCAAGUGAUCAAUCAGGACAACUUUGCCACAUUCAAUUGUACGCCUCGAUCGACAGAUGUUGAACAGUUUUGUAACCAACAGACCCAGUCAAACACGACGGCCCCCGGUAUUUGUGGCCGCCGAAGUGUGCUGUCUGCCUGCUUUCCUUCCAGCUCAGUUAAUGGCUCCGGUGCCUGGGAUACAUCAAAUAUUGAUGUCCGACUGUCAACUGGAACAAACGGAUGCACCGGUCCUGGUUGUCUGGUCGAUCAUAGAACAGGAGCUCCCUUUUUCGAUGCGUUUAGUCAAUCCCCUGUGGAUCGUAAUGCUUCAAUGAAUGCCACACCUUUCGUGCCUAGUCACCAGCAAAGCCGGGGACAACAUCGAGCCACCCGACGGGCAAACGCUCCACCUCAUCCGGGCAGCGUUUGUCACCCAGGUCUACUAACCCCUCAAAACUCUUCGACUGGAGCCGGUCUGUCAGAACCAACGCUGUCUUAUUUGCUGCCCAAAUCUAACCAAGCUACCACCGCCCCGGUUCCGCUAACCUCGCCAACCGCGUUCAACACCAGCCGCCAUAACACGCCAACCCCGUUUCUUUUGGACUCCAAAUCCUCUGCUCGACCGAUUGUGUUCCACUUACAGGAGUUCCUUCGCUACGGCAAUACUGGAAAUCAGAAACGCAUGCAAUAUGACCGCUCGGCAGACUUUCCUGCGAUGCGCCUGUCAACUCAGCAACAACAACAAAGUGGUGGGACCAGUGCUCGCAGUACCAACUCCUCUCCUCCGAACGCAUCGGGCGCCAAAGCAUCUUCGGCCGGCAACAGCAGCAGUAACAGCAGCAACAACAGUACAUGUGGCAGCACAAAUCCCGAGCAACAGUCCGUGAACUCGACGGAAGUCGGAGGGAAACCGGUGAUUGCCAAAUGGCGCCGAGCUUGCAGUUUUUAUUUGCGUGGGCACUGUAAAAAAGAGGACUGUGAAUUCGCUCAUGACUUGACCAAAGUGACUUGCAAAUUCUGGGAGAUGGGCGAAUGCUUCAAAGGACCCACUUGUCCGUUUUUACAUGGUUACCCACCGGAACUGAUGUCACAGGAACAGCAGUAGCGGUUGUUAGUAGAUAUCGUCUCCAAAGUUCCAGUGGGAAUACAGCACGUAUCAUGUCUAACGUGAUUUCGAGACUAGUCCACAAGAUCGUCCUCCAGUCCGUGUUAACUCAGCCUUCGUUUUCGUGAUCUCCUAACCUCGGGCUCUUCCUUGCUGAUAGCAUGAUGAAUCGAUAACCUUUUGAACCGAUUGCUCUUUGAGGUGCUCGGUUUCCUUUUGGGCUGAGCACAUUUUAUCGAUUUUUGCUUCAAAACUUAAGCAAUAUUGAGUAUAAUAUUACCCACUUAUAGUGGCUAUUGUGUUUUUGAACAGUUUUUACUUGAACACGCGCACAGCAGCAGUGGCAGUCAUUUAAGUCUGCCCCCCCGACCUAUCCCCGUCUAGGUAAGAUGAAAAUCCCUUAUAGGCUUUUCACGACACUAUACUAAUAUUUUUUCCUUUGCUUCCUGUUAUUCUAUCUCAUAACUAUUUUCAAGUCAUUGUCGUUCUCUCAAGCAAUAAAUAUAUAUACUUAUAAAUAUAUAUAUAAAUCUUUCGGAUACUUGUCUUGAUAUAUAUUUUUUUCGAUUCGACCUUUCUUUAAUUUCCAACCUUACACGACCAUCGAUCGAUAUGGCAGGCUGACUCUCAUUGUCUUUUUUUAUCUAAUAUAUUCGGAUUCUCCUUUUUUAUGCUUCCGUUUUAUUGAAUUCCUCAACAAAAACCCACCCUCCCUACCUGGCUUCACUGGCAACGUCAGUUCCUAUCAUUUUUUGUCGCCUCCCAGCUAGCUGCUUUUGGGAGAGGCGGGGGUCCUACUGCUCUUUCAAUCUUCUUUCCAUUUUUCUCCAACCUUUGGUUUAUUCCAACGAUUCUUCGACAGGUACCUUUUAUUUGUGUCUAUCCAUUCUCCGAUAUACUCCAUCUCUUUUGCAUUAAUUGGCACCAACGAUAGUCAAUUGGUUUGGAAGAAUUUUCUAUGAAUUUCGUACCGUAUCUAUUCGGAGAGCGUUUGGGGCUUUUUUAUAUUCGAUUCGAACAACUCGUCGCCUGCUUUUUUCUACCUGACCUACUUCCUUUUGACCUCACUGUUUUAUUUCGAAUAUGGUCUUUUUUUCUAUGCGUAAGAUGCUCGUCAGUCGGAAUUGCUGCUGUCUCGUCUCCUUUCUCAUGUGCAAGUCGCUCCCCGUGCCCGUUUCCUCACGCCAGCCCGUGCGCUCAUACAGAGAUUUCCUCCAGUAUUUUGCCGACCUAGCCCAGCACAUUGCGUGUCCAGGAGAUACACACACACAAUCACUUAUGCUGCCAGUUUGAAUCGACUUUGUGACGCUCUUUUUAUCUCCACCUUUGAGCAUUUACUUGUCGGCCCUUCUUAUCCGUGAGGUCUUUUGCGAUCACCUUGAAACAGAGUGAUGAUGUGUGGUUCUUUGUAUUCGCUUUUCGUGUCUCGACCGGCUCCCCCCUCUGUUUGGUUCACUUGUACCCUCCGGUUUUUUUUCGGCUGCAACUCGCCUCCAAUCUCGCUACUUCUCUCGGUCUGUCCGUUUUUGUCAGUUGACCUCACCGUCGGUCAAUCAGUCAACCAAUCAACCAACCAAAUCCACUCUUUUUCGAUCUGUUGCGCAUACCCAGUCGUGCCCCCGUCGCCAGUUUUAUUCCCUCUGUGUGAGGCUCGCACUCACAUACACAACAUUGAUUGUCGUGAUGGUAGGACCGAUUGGUUGUAUGCCGAUCUCCUGUGUUGCUAAGCACGUGCACCGGUGGUCAGCCAACCGUUUUCUGCACGUCUCUAUUUGUGGAGAUGAGCUUUUGUUUUUCAUGUGAAUAAAAAAAUCCGUUUAUCGA